CCGACCGGUUUCACUUCGUCCACACCGUCGCCGCCGCGGCGGCGUCCUCAAAAGAAAAUUCAGCGAACGCGUCCACCAUUUCGCGUUCCACUAUUUAACAUCCUGGAAGCCAACAGCUACGACCGAGUUCUUGCUCAUCACCCCCUCCCCCAAGCCAACAGCGGCGAAGGCCCCAGUCAGAGCAGAGAGAGAGAGAGAGAGAGAGAGAGAGAGAGAGAGAGAGAGGAGCCUUCUUCCUCCUCCCCGGCUGCCGGUGGCGAGAGAUCGACGAGCGAGCGAGCGAGCGAGAUGGUGCUGUCCCACGGCGUCGGCGGCGGCUCCGAUGAGUCGGUGCACUCGACGUUCGCGUCCCGCUACGUCCGCGCCUCCCUCCCCAGGUUCCGGAUGCCGGAGCAGUCGAUCCCGAAGGAGGCGGCGUACCAGAUCAUCAACGACGAGCUGAUGCUGGACGGGAACCCGCGGCUGAACCUGGCGUCCUUCGUCACCACGUGGAUGGAACCCGAGUGCGACAAGCUCAUCCAGGCCUCCGUCAACAAGAACUACGUCGACAUGGACGAGUACCCCGUCACCACCGAGCUCCAGAACCGGUGCGUGAACAUGAUCGCUCAUCUGUUCAACGCCCCUCUCGGGGACUCCGAAACUGCCGUCGGAGUCGGCACCGUCGGCUCCUCCGAAGCCAUCAUGCUCGCCGGACUGGCGUUCAAGAGGCGUUGGCAGAACAAGAUGAAGGCCGCCGGCAAGCCCUGCGACAAGCCUAACAUCGUCACCGGCGCCAACGUCCAAGUUUGCUGGGAGAAGUUCGCGCGCUACUUCGAGGUGGAGCUCAAGGAGGUGAAGCUGAGCGAAGGGUACUACGUCAUGGACCCGCAGAAGGCCGUGGACAUGGUGGACGAGAACACCAUCUGCGUCGCCGCCAUCCUCGGCUCCACGCUCAACGGCGAGUUCGAGGACGUGAAGCUGCUCAACGACCUGCUCACCCAGAAGAACACCGAGACAGGCUGGGACACGCCCAUCCACGUGGACGCGGCGAGCGGCGGGUUCAUCGCGCCGUUCCUGUACCCGGAGCUGGAGUGGGACUUCCGGCUGCCGCUGGUGAAGAGCAUCAACGUCAGCGGGCACAAGUACGGCCUCGUCUACGCCGGUAUCGGGUGGUGCAUCUGGAGGACCAAGGAGGACCUGCCGGAGGAGCUCAUCUUCCAUAUCAACUACCUCGGCGCCGACCAGCCCACCUUCACUCUCAACUUCUCCAAAGGUUCCAGCCAAGUCAUCGCGCAGUACUACCAGCUGAUCCGCCUUGGCUUUGAGGGUUACAAGAACAUCAUGGAGAACUGCCAGGAGAACGCGAUGGUGCUGAAGCAGGGCCUGGAGAAGACGGGCCGGUUCAACAUCGUGUCCAAGGACAACGGCGUGCCGCUGGUGGCCUUCUCCCUCAAGGACAGCAGCCGGCACAACGAGUUCGAGAUCUCCGACUUCCUGCGCCGCUUCGGCUGGAUCGUGCCGGCCUACACCAUGCCCCCCGACGCGCAGCACGUCACGGUGCUCCGCGUGGUCAUCCGCGAGGACUUCAGCCGCACCCUCGCCGAGCGCCUGGUGCUCGACAUCGAGAAGGUGCUGCACGAGCUGGAUGGGCUGCCCGCCCGCGCCCCCAGCGGCGACCUCGCCGCGCUCGCCGCCGCCGAGGCCAGCCAGAGGGACAAGGACAAGCAGCGCGAGGUGAUCUCGCUCUGGAAGAGGGCCGUCCUGGCCAAGAAGAAGACCAACGGCGUCUGCUAAUGAGGAACCCAUUACCCAUGCAUAAAUGGCCUAUGGGUGCAGUGCAGGCCAGUUACAGUACCAACCGAAAUUACCCCCCCCCCCCCCCCCCCCCUUUUUUUUUUCUUUUUCUCAACUUCCAGUGAAAUUGUCGUAUAUUGUGUUUAACCCGGAUGAAGGCUGCAAUUUGUCGACGUUAAUUUUUAGAGGGCGGAAUUGCUCCUGCUCGAUAUGAUGUAGCGAGUGUACUAUGUUACAUGUUGGGCACCGGUUUCAUAAAUAUUGGUUUUGUGACAUUUCUUCAACUUAAUAAUAAUAAUAAAUUAUUAGUAA